AUGAUUCACACAGUGGCUUCUGUCUGUGAGCUUGCCUGCAUCUACCUGGCACUCAUCCUGCAUGACAAGGAGGUGCUGGCCAAUGCCAAUGUAAGGAGUCUCAUCUGCAAUGUAGGGGCUAGUGGACCCACCCCAGCAGUGGGUGCUGCACCAGCAGGAGUUUCUGCACCCUCCAUCACUGCUGUUGCAACUGAGAAUAAAGUAAAAGCAAAGAAAAAAGAAUUCAAGGAGUCUGAUGAUGACAUGGGCUUUGGUCUUUUUGAGUAAACCUCUUCUGUAACCUGUUCAAUAAAAAGCUUAAC